CUGUAAUAAUUAGUUUUCUUUUUUGCUGUAAUAAUUAGUAGUAUUCACGGAUUGAAAAACCUCAAAAGGGGAGGAGAGUUGUAAAUUUCAAGCCUCUUCCCCCUCCCCUUUGACUAAAUAUUCCCAGCUCAUUGGCUUGGAUCUAGAUCCCAAGAGCUGAAUUUUGGAUUUUCAAUUGAGUUGUGGAAUGUUGGAUGAUUGGAGUGAAAGUGGUCUAUAGGGAUUUGCAGAGGAGGGGCUUGAAAUUGUAUAAAGAUGGGGGUGAUGUCAAGGAAAGUAGUGCCUGCAUGUGGUAGUCUCUGCUUCUUUUGUCCAUCAUUGCGCGCAAGGUCAAGACAACCUGUUAAACGCUACAAAAAGCUCCUUGGAGAGAUUUUCCCUAAAUCACAGGAUGCUGAGCCAAAUGAUAGAAAGAUUAUAAAACUUUGUGAGUAUGCUUCAAGAAACCCAUUGCGCAUACCAAAGAUUACUGAAUACCUGGAGCAAAGGUGUUACAAAGAUUUGCGAAAUGAGCACCUUGGGUCAGUAAAGGUUGUUACCAUGAUCUACAGGAAGCUGUUAUCUUCAUGUAAGGAGCAGAUGCCACUAUAUGCUACUAGUCUAUUGGGGAUUAUCCGCACUCUUUUUGAACAAACACAGCAUAAUGAAAUGCAGAUUUUAGGUUGCAACACUCUAGUCGACUUCAUCAAUAGCCAGAUGGAUGGUACUUACAUGUUCAACUUAGAAGGCCUCAUACCUAAACUGUGCCAACUAGCUCGAGAAGUUGGAGAUGAUGAUAGAGCCUUGCACUUGCGUUCUGCAGGAAUGCAAACUCUGGCUGUCUUGGUGUGGUUUAUGGGGGAGCAGUCUCACAUCUCCAUUGACUUUGAUCAUAUUAUUACUGCGACUUUGGAGAAUUACAUUGACUUCACAGUGAACCUAGAAAAUGGACAAGACAGUAAACAGUCUCAACCUUCAGAACAGUGGGUUCAAGGAGUGUUGAAUAGUGACGAUCACAGCUCAUCUUUCCCUGAUAUGAGCAAGAAGGUUUACUCGCCAAAUAUCAUGAAUGCAAAUACAAAAUUGACAUCCUCAAUAGAGACAGCCAAAAGUCCUGCUUAUUGGGCCAGAGUUUGCUUACGUAACAUGGCCUUACUGACAAAAGAAGCAACUAGUGUACGACGGGUUCUUGAACCUCUUUUUCAUAGUUUUGACACUGAAAACUAUUGGGCUUCAGAGAAAGGACUCGCCUGCUCAGUGCUCAUGCAUUUGCAGUGCCUGUUAGAGGAAUCAGGUGAAAAUUCUCAUUUGUUGCUAUCCAUCUUGGUCAAGCAUUUGGAUCACAAGAACAUUGUCAAGCAGCCUGACAUACAGAUCAGUAUAGUUAAUGUGGUCACACACUUAGUAGAAAAUGCAAAAGAGAAAGCUUCCGCAACUAUAGUUGGUGUCAUUAAUGACCUUAUUAAACAUUUACGGAAGUGCAUGCAGUAUUCAACUGAAGCCUCUAGUCCGAAAGAUGGAUUAAUUGCUUCUAAUUCCAAUCUUCAGUCUGCCCUAGAGAAGUGCAUAUUACAACUCUCAAAGAAGCAGGUUGCUGACGUGGGCCCUAUACUUGAUAUGAUGGGCAUGGUGCUAGAGAACAUUCCAGCUAGCACCGUUGCAGCUAGAUCAACAAUUGCAGCUGUGUAUCGCACAGCACAAAUUGUUUCUUGCAUUCCAAAUGUGUCAUAUUACAGGAAGGCUUUUCCGGAUGCUCUCUUUCUCCACUUGCUCUUGGCAAUGGCACACACUGACCAUGAAACACGAGCUGGAGCACACCAUAUAUUCUCCACUGUGCUUAUGCCACCUGUCAGUCCCUUGUCAUCUCUACAUAGUAGAAAUUCUUCUCAGAGUAUUCUAGUCCAAUCACCAAGGAAGUUGGCUAAGGUUAGAAGUAAGAGUUUCUCCGUUCACGAUGGAAAUGGUUCUAGAGAUGGAGAAGUGGGGGAAGAAAAUGAAGAUGUCAGUCGCCAUUCACAUCAAUCUGGUGACCCUCGAUCUCAAAGUCAAUCCUGUGGCUUCAAGGAUGCCCUCCCUGACAGGAAACCAGAGCUCACUUCACUUCGGUUGAGUAGUCACCAAGUGAGUCUUCUGCUUUCAUCUAUCUGGGUUCAGGCAACACUGACUGAUAACACUCCUUCCAAUUUUGAUGCGAUGGCCCAUACGUACAAAAUUGUUUUACUUUUCAUUCGAUCAAAGAAUUCUAGUCAUAUGGCGCUUGUUCGGUCUUUCCAGUUAGCCUUCUCUCUAAGGACUAUUUCGAUGGAUAAAGAAGGAGGUUUACAACCAUCUCGAAGGAGGUCUCUAUUUACUUUGGCAUCAUAUAUGCUCAUCUGUUCAGCAAGGGCAGGCAAUCUCCCUGAACUAAGUCCUGUGGUUAGCUCAUCACUGACAGAUGAAAUGGUUGAUCCUUAUCUUAAGUUGGGAGAAGAUGUGAGGCUGCAAACCACAUCUGGUUGUGAAACAUAUGGUUAUGGCUCACAGGAAGAUGAAAUUGCAGCUUUGCAGUCCCUGUCAGCAGUAGAGUUAGACGAUGAAAAAUUUAAAGAAAUCAUUAUGUUGCACUUCGCAUCUAAAUGCGGAACAUUGUCAGAGGAUGAGUUAUCAAGCAUAAGAAAACAACUCCUGGAAAGAUUUGAACCAGACGAUGCAUAUCCACUUGGAAUUCCUCUGUAUAUGGAAACGCCCCACCCCUGCUCUCCACUUGCUCAGAUUGAGUUCGAGACUUUUGAUGAGGUCAUGGCACCACCUUCCCUCAUAGAUGAAGAAGCAAUUUCAGAUGCUAAUGGAAGCCAAUCAGGUCGAAAGACGUCUCUGUCUAUCAAUUCCCUUGACAUUCUAAGUGUUAACCAGCUUUUAGAAUCGGUUCUGGAAACUGCCCGACAAGUUGCAAGCUACCCAACUUCCUCUACGCCGAUACCCUAUGACCAAGUAAAAAAUCAGUGUGAGGCCCUUGUUACUGGUAAACAACACAAGAUGUCAGCCCUCCAGAGUUUCAAGAUGCAAAAGGAAACCAAGGCAUUCCUAUCCUAUAAUGAAAAUGACAGGAAUAAUCCUUCUUUACAAAAGAUGGAUAUGGUGCUUCACCAGGAUCUACAAUUAACAACAGUUGAAUCAACUAAUGCACAAAACUCUCUCUCUUGUUCUCGGGAGUAUGGACAACAGUCCUUUAGGCUGCCACCUUCAAGCCCCUACGACAAGUUCUUGAAAGCAGCAGGAUGCUGAGUUUGAUGUUUUUACUUACACGUAGCUUCUAAUACUUGUAAGUAUUGUCUCAAGCAUGUUCAUAUCUCGUUGUGCUCAUCCAAAGAAGUGUCUUUCUAAUGUAUUUUAAUUUGUAUUGAGUUCAUAUUAAUGUGUAGUGUGUAAGCUGGAAGACAUAAGCGGAAAUAAUUUACGAGAAAAGGAAAAGAGAAAGAAAUGAUUGUUGGUAGUGUCUUUCUACCUUCUUUUUGUAUGUAUCGUUGCUGAACUGGUAUGUCUAUAAGUGAUGAUCACGUGGAAACUGUUUGGAUCUUUACGAAAGGGGACAUUGAUAAUUUAUGAAUUUCUGGAAGAAGUUUUCCAGGGUGUAUUUGCAACGAAAUUUUGAAUGUACCCAAAAUAAUCUGCAAUGACAAACAAUAGAUUUUAUUGGUAAAUUUGUAUGUAUAAUUCUACAUAUUUCCUUGA